GCGGAGAGUGCUCCGCCGGCGCAAGAGGCUGCGGAAGAAAUCUCCUUUCCUUCACGAGGUCCUCGCAAGCGUGCCGACGGAGCACGUGAGGCUCACAAGGGGUCGCCGGACUGUGCCCUGCAAGAGGACGAGGCUAUUUUUCGGGCUCUGCCGCGCCAAAGCGAGCGCGGUGUGCCAGGCGUAGACGUGCUUGCUGCCUGCGCUGCCCAUGCAGAUGUUGGCGCCGAAUCGGCCGCUGAACGUGGCCGCCGGUUUUGGC